AUGAGGAUUUCUUACAACUCAACUUCAUUUCGUUUCUUCAUCAUCUUCACUGCUUGCUUAUCUGUAUACUUUGCAAUUCAAAAGAAAAAAACUAAUGAAGAUGAAGUUAUCUUAAAUAUAUCUUCAAGUUUUGAGAUCCUAACCAACAAGUACUCCUCCAUUUUGGGUCCUAAACUUGAUAAGCUUCCUAACGAAGAUGGAGUUAUAAAACUAUUCCAACUAUGGAAGAGAGAACAUGGACGAGUUUACAAUGAUAUAGAUGAGAUGACAAAGAAAUUUGCCACUUUUGUUACAAACUUGAAGUAUAUCACAGAGACUAAUGCAAAGAGAGACUCACCUCAUAGCUCCUUUCUUGGUCUGACCAACUUUGCAGAUUGGAGCAGCAAGGAGUUCCAAGAAACAUACUUGCAUGAUAUUGACAUGUCCAAGAUCAAAGACACCGUGAAUAUUGUGAACGAUGGUGUUGCUGACUUACCAUGUAGGAAUCCACCUUCAUCCUUAGAUUGGAGAUCAAAGGGAGCUGUCACUAAUGUUAAGGAUCAAGGCACUUGUAAUAGUUGCUGGGCAUUCACGGCGGUGGGUGCCAUUGAAGGAAUAGUGGCAAUAGUGACAGGGAAGCUUGAGAACUUUUCAGAGCAAGAACUUGUGGACUGUGACGCUGAAAGUAGAGGGUGCGAAGUGGGAUGGGUGUACGACGCGUUCAAUUGGACUAUAGGAAACAAAGGAAUUGCAUUGGGGAGAGAUUAUGUCUAUAAGGCAGAAAAGGAAGAUUGCAAAGCCUCACAGAUUCAAAAUAGUCCCAUUAGUGCUAUUAAUGCAUAUAAUCAAGUGGAGAGAUCAGAGAAUGGAAUGCUUUGUGCUGUUGCUAAGCAGCCAGUUGGUGUGUGUCUUUAUGCAAUCCCGGAUGAUUUUCAACAUUACAGAACGGGCGAAAUAUAUGAGGGUACCAAUUGUCCCGUGGAUUCUUUAGAUACAAAUCACUGCAUGUUAAUAGUGGGUUAUGGUUCCAAAGACGGUGAAGAUUAUUGGGUAGUAAAGAACUCAUAUGGCACAUCCUGGGGAAUGAAUGGUUAUAUGUAUAUCAAAAGAAACACCGGUAAAAUGUAUGGAGUGUGUGCAAUUAACGCAUGGGCUUAUAACCCUAUCAAAAAUAACUAG